CUUCAGUCAACAUCUCAGCGCACCACAGCGGUCAGCGGCCUCAGACACAGCUGAGCUCAUUUUUAUAAAAGCGGUUGAUAACAGCUUUGUUGUCGUUCCAGCUCUCUGCUGCUGGUAAUACUUUUAUGAUGCAUCACAGGGUUGGAAAUUCAAGAUGAAUCCAUCAGGAGGCCGUUAGGUGUCAGGGAUAAACCUUUGAAUUCCUUCUGUUGAUAUGAUCCAAUAUUUCUAUCACAUGUGAGAAAUGUCAGCUGCUCCUCAUGGAUGUGGACACGCCGUGUGGUAACGACACCUCGCUCCCUAUGUGCUCUGAGGAGUCGUCAGGUCCUCUGGCUGUGAUCAUCAUCCCGUCUCUGUUGGCUCUCAGCACGGUUUUAGUGGUGAUCCUGAUUUUCUGCAGUCUGCACAAGAACAAGCAGAGAGGACAGAGCCCUUCAAAUGGCCGGCACAGUGUCACUCUCAGUGAAGCUUCUGUCUACGCUCCAAGGGUCCGGCAGGGUUUGUGUCCCUGGGAGAUCCCUGAGGAGUGUGUCUUGGAGGGACUGGAGUUCUGGCAGACAGGACGCUAUGGCCCCAUUUGUAAAGCUCAGCUGAAGAGGAGGGACGGUCCCUCCUCGGCCGUGGUGGUGAAGUCUCUUCGGGACGGGCCCAACAACCCUGAGGCGAAGGAGUUUGUGAAGUGGCUCCUGUUCCACGCCACAGUGUGUAAACAUGACAAUAUGGUGCGGAUGCUGUUCUGUCAGACCAGGCGUCUGCCCAUGUAUCUGCUCUUAGACGCCUGCAGCCCAGGGAACCUGCUUCUCUUCCUCUGGACCCUCAGAAAUAAGAACUCAGAAAUGGCAGAUCCAUUGCAGAACUUCUCCGAGAGGUCUGUGAUUUUGGUGGCAAAGCAGGUUGCAGCUGGCUUGGAUUACCUGAUGUCAGAGCACAGGCUGGUGCAUGGUGAUGUGGCAGCCAGGAACAUCUUAAUUGGCCCAGGCCUCUCCGCCCGGGUGUCUGGACUGGGUGUAGCGUUUGAAGGUCGCAAAAUGGAUUCAGCAUUUCGGCCGAGGGCAGCAGAGGUGCCUCUCAAAUGGCAGGCUCCUGAGAGGAUUACAACGCAGCUCAGCAUCGACAGGAGUGACGUGUGGUCAUUUGGGAUCCUACUGUAUGAGCUGGUGACUUUAGGCUCUCCUCCCUACCCCGAGCUGGAGCCUCAGUCUGUGCUUCCAAAGCUGCAGGCGUCCUAUCGAAUGAAGAGGCCUGGGAAUUGUGGAGGACCUUUGUAUGAUCUGAUGAAGUACUGCUGGAUGUGGAGCUUCAAAGACCGACCUGCGUUCUCCGCCAUCAUCAAGCUGCUGGAGUCCUCCCUGCUCUUUGCAGACGUUGAACCUCUUCAUGUUCCUGAGGUCAUAGAUGUAUUUGACUAUAACAGAAAGGCAGGACUAUCCACAUAGGUUGUUUUUUUUACCCAGGAUGCAACAUAGACUUGAAAUAAAAAAUGGACGACGGCAUCUCGACCAUCUCCCAGUGUACAGAAAUGCUAACAUGUCCCAGAUAUGCACCAUCUUGUGCUUUUGGCAUAAUUUGGAGUCUGUGUAGCAUUGGUCCAACGAUACACAUGCUCAACCAAUCAUGAGCCAGUAUCAUUGUAAAUCAGGAUGUUUCACCCUGUUUUAUAGCAUCAAAUAACCAUAUUUUAGUUUUUUUAUUACUCACCGUGAAUGUAGCCAGCCACCAGGGGGCAACAAAGAUGAUGGCUUCACUUCUGGGGAGCUGUCAUGUCAUCCAUCUAUAACCCUUGCCCUUGAGUAUUAUGUCUUCCAUUGAAUUUAAACCCUCCAGCGCAUGAAGAAUAAUGAAUUGAAAUAAAAACACUGAAAACAGGAUAUUUCAAUUUCCCCUUUAUUGUCAAAAAAAGUACAGACUUGAAAGCACAGAUCAUUCAUCGAGAUCUUUCUUUCUUUUCAUCACCAUCAUUUAAUCAAAGUACAGGCUUAGUAUCUCUUAUGCUCUCGGCAUGCAUCACGUCACCGUGACUUUACAGUUUGAAAACCAAAACACCCACACAGGAAAGCUGAAUGCACUAGUGAACGAACUAGAGUAGAUUUUAAUUUCAGUCUGUGUAUGCACCGUCAUCAUGAACUAAGCCAGGGUCGGUUAGAACCCACAUCUGAAUCAGAGGUCGUGUCCUUUUGUGUUGAUGUUUUUUUUUUAAAUCUAGGUCUUGAUUCAGGACAUUUUGCUCCGUCUGUUCAUUUUUUCCUCUCAGAAGAGUCUGGAGUUUAUACAAGUUACAUAUCAAUAAAAUCACAAGAAAUCAAA